UAUACCGUCUCUUCUCGCCAUCCCUGGCGUGUCCCACCCCCGUCCUGAGCCGGACCACCCUCUAAACUCAUCUUAGUCUCUCACCAAGGGAGUCAGUGGAGAGGAUUAAUACUCUGGAUAUAACCAAAAGGCAGAUGUAGGGGAGGAAAGACCACAAGAGGAGAAUCAAUGGGAUUUGUUUUAGACUGAAUGACAAUUUGGAUUUUAAUUAUAUAGAAAAAUUCUUCAGACAAUUUGAUGGAUGGUAUUAUACAGCUGGUCUUGCUGUUUUGCCUUGGGAAAUUGGUUGAGGUUCAUCUUAAAGCAUUUUGACAAAAGAAAGACUCGACAAAAUCAGUUGUGACUUCUAGCUAACAUUUAAAAGAAAGCAGUGCACUUUAGCUGUUCAGCCCUGGAGAUGCAUACAGAUGAGAGAUCCUGCUUCGACUAGUGGAGUUUACCGUUCUGAAGUUACCUCUUUGGAAAUGCAUGAUGUUAUUUCAGAAGGUGAAGAUGAAGUGAGAGCUGUGGUGUUCCUUGGUCAUCAUGCCUACUGAGGAAGAGGAGGAGAACUCUGCACAACCUGUGUGGCAGUCCAUCCUACUGUUUGGCUGUAAGGGAAUGAUCGAGGGAAUCAUCAUCCUCUUGUUUCUCUGGCUGCUGUUGCAGGUGCUCUUCACAAAGCAACAUGAAGUCCACCUGCAGAUUCUGCUGAGUGUGGGCUUGGUGGUCCUGUGUUUUUCCCUUAUCCUGGGAUGCAUCAUUUGUUGGUUAAAGACCAGACACAAACCACUCAAAGACAAAAAUACUGUGAGGACACCCCCUCCUCCUGAUUCUGUGGGUAACGUGACUGUGGCUUUGAGUCCUGCCCUUUUAUCUAGAACCACAAUUACCAAAUUACAGUACGAGGAGCUGGAAGGAGUGGUUCAAGACUAUCCAUCUGCUUUCGAGAGCUCUACACCAUCAGAUGAAGAGUUGACUGCUGUCUCUGAGGUUAACAAGUCAUGCUUCCAAAUGAGACGACUCAGUUCUCCAACCUCUUCUUUAUACAAGCCCAUGGCCAGUGGCCGCUCCUCUCUCCCAAGAUUUAGUCUUCUCUCAAAUACCCGGAAGGUUUUGGAACGGCACUGCACUGUGGCUGGAGAUAGUUACUCAUUUAGCGAACACAGAAGGCUCACUAUUCCCAACCCUCGAUCACCCUGUGCCCUUUCUCCACUUCAAACCCAAGGUCUACUACAGGACGAAACUUUAUUUCCUAACUAUGGUUCAAAUUCUCGCAGUGAGACCUCAGAUCCUUUCUUGCACUUUACCCUGACCUUCUCUUCAACACAGAACACACUCACUGUAUCGUUAGUGGGUUUAACCGGCGUAGUCCAUCGUCUAGAAGAAGUGACUGUCCAGGCCAGGCUGCCCCCACUUUGCCCUGAACCUCUGGAUAUAUCCGCUCAAGAUUACAACCUUAGCUCUGGACUCUAUAAAAAGAAAUUGGUGAUCAAUGUCGGAUCUCUAGAGGGGCUUAAGAGUUGCAUGCUCAGAUUGAACAUCUUCAUGCAGGAUAAUCCAAAGACAUCCCUAUUUGAGGAGCUGGAAGUUUGCUGCAGUAGUCUGGACUGGACACCAGACAGGCCUGUUAGCUGCGUUAUAGAACUAAGGCAAGUUGUGGACAAGUCCAAAAAGGACACUUCAUAGCUCUUGCUGUGAAACUAGACUGUCUUAAACAUCAUCCCAGACAUCCGAAAUACCUACACCUCGUGUUGUCUUUCAAAGGACAAGAGUGGCUCAUAUAUUAUUCAACAUGCGAGAGAGAUCAUGAGGUCUUCGGUCAGCUCUUCAUCUUGUUGCAGUACCAGAAUGUGGUCUGUUGGCUUAAAGUCCUCAUUCUGAAAGCAGACAAUCUUACCAACCAGACUCCAGAUAUGCACCUACUUGGUUUGGAGGCCAAUGAAGAGGGAUAGAUUCACUGUGUAGCAAGAGUCAAGCAGAAACUGUGCAACAUCAUGUUAUUCAACCAUAAGUGCAAAAUUAAAAGUUGACAUGACCUCAAAUCUGACCCAACCAUGGACAGAUUCACUGGGUUUUUUCUAGGCUUGAUUGUGUUUA